AUGCAAGAAUUCAACCCCUCUGUCAUUCUUUCGCCGGAGACUCUGAAGACACUUUCGACUCCGCUCUCAGUCCUUUGCUUUCUAUUUUUCUACCUAUCACUCGCCAGCUUCAUCUUUGCAACCUUAGAAACGAUCCUAGGAAUUGUUAAGAAAGAUGACCAGAGUGCAAGUUGGUGGAGGCGCUCGAGGCUAGUUGCCCUGACAUAUUCUCAGAUGUAUCUUUCUCAGCACUUCCUUCGCAUUGUCACAUCAGGCAAGCCGGGCACCGACGAAUCGGAGAAGAGCUUUUGGAUGGCAUCACAAACGAUUGCUGCUGGAGUUGUAAUGUUUUCAGUGGUGAAACUACAGAAUACAACUGAAAGGUUGCUCAUAGGACAGUGCUAUAAGUUGGAGCGCCCUCAACUAGCACAGGUGGUUCUGACUUCGAUCGUGUCUUUCAACAUCCACCUUGUUGCCGGGCCGCUUGCUGCGGCCUUGACCGCAGCUGCAUUACUAGUUUCCUUGGAUUGGAGGAUCCUAAUUUUGCUUUUCGAAGGAAUUGCUAGCUGGAAAGCUUCAAGGGGAAACCAAUUGGCCGACUUAACCUGGGGAAUGCUUCAUGUACUACUUGCAGUGGGUUUACUCCGAGCAGUGUAUAAUUUCGACAAGCAAGAGGGCCAAAUUGCACUUUCCGCCGAUGAAGAAAGUGCGCUAGAAACUGUAGCAGAUGAGAAACCAGAGGCGGAGGUCGAUAUCCUGAAGCCUUCCACAUCUCUGCCUACCAGCCGACUGUUCAUCAUGCUUUGCGUCUUGAUCAUUUUCGUAGGAGCUGUUGUUACGACCAUUUUCUUUGGGUUGGAAAAGGUUCUUCUUCCUGGGCUCCUGGCGAGCCGUGAUGCCAUGAAUGCCGAGGCGCUGGUUCUUUCACGCAUGUUUACAACAGAGGCCAUUGGAGUUCCACUGGUUGCACUCCUAACAGCCCGGGAAUUAAGUGGGAAUUCGAUUGUUCGAUGCAUUGUUGCUGGCCUCACUUGA